GUAACGGGCACUGGAAGUAGUGACCAAGAAACAAUACCAGUCUACGUGUCAAUUCAUCGGUAUGGGCGAUGGGAGAGUCGGGACUAGGCCACAGCUGACACCAAUAGCAUUCGGCGUCUGAUGAUCGCGGCCAUUGAUGACCCGUAUACGCUCGGUGAACUGCGGACGCCUCGCAUGACGUCCCUCCUCGUGCGCCCCCUUGUCGACCGACUCUACAACCCCGACGACCUCUCCACCGUCUACUGCCUCCUCGCCAACCGCGUCCAGUUUCUCCGCUCCCAGUCGGACGAAGCCCUCCACUACACGGUCAACAUUGCGCGCGCCACCCUCUGCGAGCUCGUCGCCGCUCGCAUUCUGCGUCGGUUUCACGAAGACCACCCUCGACGCCCAGGCCUGCUGCUGCUCGCCAACGUGCUUGUCUCGGGCUUUGACCCGUUUGAUGCCGCCCCAGACGAGGUCCGCCGCCGGGGCCGUUCCCCGCAGUGGCCGGCCCAGGAACGCGGCGGCCGCGAGCGCAAGCUAACGGCGCUCGAGCUUGCCAUUUUGUCCGAGAGCAAGAUUCUUGUCGCGUCGCUGGCUUGUCAGCGCGUCGUCGACGCUGUCUACCGCGGCCUGGUCGUGUAUACCCCUGUGUCGUUGGUCGACAUCCUUCCCGACCACUACAAACACCACCCUGUGUCGCUCUACGACCCGCGCCGCGCUUCCAUCCUCAACCACCGCCGCCUAAUCGUGCCCCGGCUGCGGAACCUGAUCGAGCUCUGGCACUUUGCCGUGUUGCUGACGCUGUAUGCACUCACCAUGAUACACUGCAACGGCAACACGCACGGGACCCGCAAGCUUGGGAUCUACGAGGCCGCCUUUAGCAUUUUCACAGCCGGCUGGGUGCUUGAACAGUUUGCUGCCAUUAUCGAGCAUGGCUGGGAAGUGCACGCCCAGAACCUGUGGUCUUUCCUCGACAUCACGUUCAUCUUUAUUUACGCCAUGUACGGCGCGGCCCGCGCAAUCGAGCUCCUGCUUGGCUUUGACAUCAACCUAGCGCUGCCUAUCCUCUGCACAGCUGCGCCCGUCCUCCUUACACGGAUUGCCUUCAACUUGAUGCCCGACAACAUCGUGUUCAUCGCCAUGCACGCCAUGAUGCGCGACUUUAUGCGCCUUACCUUUAUCGCCAUCUGGUGCUUCACCGGGUUUCUCCUCGGGCUGGUGUGGCUGAUGCGGACCAACUUUGACACCAGCACGCCCUCGUGGCAGGCCAACAGCCCGACAUAUGUGACGAUUGGCAAGUGGCUCUUCUGGAUCUGGUUUGGUCUGGACGGCACGGGCAUCGAGCGGACGGCCGACUUCCACGCGGUUCUCGGCCCGACACUGGCAGUCACGUUUGCGUUUCUGGGCAACACGCUCUUCUUGACCAUCCUGGUAGCCAUUCUGACCAACACCUUCUCUAAGAUCAUGGACAAUUCGGCGGCCGAGAUUGAGUUUCGACGCGCGGUGCUCACGUUCCAGGGCGUCAAGAGUGACUCCAUCUUUGCGUACCCGCCGCCCUUCAACAUGAUCGCGCUGGCCGUCAUGCUGCCGCUCAAGUUCAUUCUAGGGCCGGCCGCCUUCCACUAUGUCAACGUGGCCAUCAUCCGCACCGUCAACGCGCCCCUGCUGCUCAUCAUUGCGUGCUACGAGCGCCGCCGUGUCUGGGCGCGCGGCAUCAUGGCCAAGUCGAGCAGCCGCACCUGGCACUUUGGCCUCAACCCGUAUGGCGACAUCCAGGCCGUGUUUGGCACCGAGCCGCCGCGAGAGGUAGUCGAGGCUAUCGAGAAGCUGGAUGUGCUGAGCGAGUCUGUAGAGCUCCAGCAGGAUAUUGCUAUAGUAGGCGGGCAUCACUCGGACUGGGGCGCCCACGUAGCCCAGGCGAGGCGGCGGAAGGAAUCCAGCGGCAGCGUUUACGAGUCUGCUGCGUACUAGUGUUUGUUCUGAUGUUAUUUAGAAGGUAUCCUGGCCGUGGAAUAAUGCACAUCAAGCAGAGUUCGUGUUUGAGUGAUUCUGUUUUUUCGAUAUUCAGUUGUGUUC